AUGGACGCCGAGCUAGAUGCCGAGCCUCCUUGCCUUGCAGAUCUCAAUGACGACCUGUUGCGGAAGAUUGCCAGUCGGCUUGCCGAGUCUGACCUGGCUUCCGCCGUCGCCCUCAAACGAUGCAGCAGCCGCUUCAAGGACCUCGCCACCCCGCUGGUGGCAAACGCCGUUUCAAGGAUAAACACGAAGUGGCGGGAUGCGGCAGACAAAAUCGGCAUGAAGGGCGCUGCUCGGAUCAGAGGCGGACUCGAGCGCAACGAGGUGCUGACCACCCUCGCGCUCCCGCACAACAACAUCGGCGCGGAGGGCGUAGCCGCGAUCGCGGAGGCGCUACGCGGCAACGCGGUGCUGACCACCCUCGACCUGAGCGGCAACGAGAUAUGCGGCAUUGACGAGGACGGUGAUGGUGAGUACGAUGCGUCCGGCAUCGUUGCGCUCGCGGACGCCCUCAAGGUCAACGGGGUGCUGACCACCCUCAACCUCGCCAACAACCAGAUCCGCGACCAGGGCGCCGCUGCGAUCGCGGAAGCGCUGCGCGGCAACGGGGUGGUGACUGAGCUAGACAUCUCCUGGAACCAGAUCGGCCCCACGGGUGCCACCGUGAUCGCCGACGCCCUUCGCGUCAACGGGGUGCUGACCACCCUCAACCUCCGCUACAACGGCAUCGGCAACGAGGGCGCCGCCGCCCUCGGCGAGGCGCUGCGGGGCAACGGGGUAUUGACCAACCUCAACCUCGGCCAGAACUACAACAUCGGCGACGAGGGUGCCAAGGCGCUAGCAUCCGUUCUUCGCGUCAACGGGGUGUUGACCGAGCUCGACAUCGGCUGGAACAGUAUCGGCCCCGAGGGCGGCGUCGCGAUCGCCGAGGCGCUGCGCUGCAAUGGGGUGCUGACCAACCUCGAGCUCAUGGGCAACAACGUCGGCGACGAGGGCGCCACUGCGCUGGCCUCCGCUCUUCGCGUCAACGGGGUGCUGAAAAGCAUCAACCUCGAGUACAACAAGUUGGGCGACGAGGGGAAGGGAGCGAUUUGGGAUGCGGUGAGCGGGCGGCUAGGGUUCGAAAUGGUUGGGUAG